AUGGCGGCGCCGGCGCCGCCGGAUUUCGUGGAGGUGCGAUGCGCGGGGUGCAACGAGACGCUGGAGGUGGAGCGGGGUCUCACCGAGUUCGCCUGCCCCGAUUGCGGGACCCAGCAGGCGCUCCCGCCGGAGCUCAUGCCGCCGCCGCGCCCGCGGCGGGCGCUGCCCAUCCCCGGCCGCCUACCCGCCGCCGCUGUACCUAUGCCCGUGCCCGCACCGCCGCCCUCGCGCAUGCCGUGCGCCGACUGCAGCGCGCUGCUCAGCGUGCCGGCUGGCCUCGGGCGCUUCGCGUGCCCUGUGUGCGGCGUUGAGCUCGUCGUCAACGCCGGGCGCCUCCGGACAUACCACGCAUCCCCGGCUUCUGCAACAGUCUCGGUCGUCGCGCUUCCUCCAUCCGCCGUGACGCUCACAUCGACGUACUCUGACCAGCCGGAGGCGCAUGUAGAAAGACAUAAUCAUCCAAUUCGCUCCAAUCAGACACCAGCACAAUACCCCAGUCAAUCCGUUCAUAGAGAGGAGACAUCCGGUUCAUUCAGACCUGAUACCUGGAUGCCAAUCCACAGCAGGUUAGCGCAAAAAGCACCCCUUAGACACCCAAUUGAGAGAGAAGAGUCACAGACUGAGCCACGCAAUGAGACAGCGGUGAGGUCUGGUAUGAGGAAUUCUAGUUUGCAAUCUGGUACUGAAUCUAUAGGUUUGCAAAAAAUACAGCCAGAGCCUUCCGCCCAGGUUGGCUCGAGACCACAGACACAUGCCCUGCCUCCUAGUUAUUCAGUUUGUGGAGACCGUACACAAGGGCAUCAUCCUGACAGUGCUAGGCAUGAGCAGCAUACAAAUGAUGUCUCUAGUAUCAUGGAGCAGGGCAAAAUAGAUCUUCUGAAUCAAGCAAUGAAUGAAGAACCAGCACAAGGUGAGGAUCAGUGCAAGACAUCUGGAUGGAGUCCAAACAGCAAAAGGAGCAACAAAAGUACGAGUGUGUAUCAGAAGAGGAAAAGGAAGUGCUUGACAAAGCAGACAGAGCAUCCAAUCGAGGAUGAGCCUGUCCAGAAAACAACCACUUCUCUAAGUGCAUGUAAUUCUGAUCUGCCAGAUAUUGACUGCAUCAUUGCCAAUAUAUGUCCAAGCUCAUCACAACCGCACCAAAUGCCACAAGCAAGCUCAAUCAGUUGUACUCUCCACAGGUCAGGGGCAAACAUCAGCCUAUGCAUGCACAACAGGUAUGACCUCCAGGAGAAUGCAGAUGGUGGUCAGCUUGUGUUAGGAUCAUAUGGAAAAUCAUCAGGUAAGCGCAAUGGACGCCGCUCUACAAGACUGAUUGAACCACGUAGGGAAGUUGACAGGCCCGUUCUGAUACCAAACAAUAUUGACAACUGGGAAGUCAGCCCACCUUGUCCUAAGGUGGCAUCUACCAUCACUGUUCUUAUGAAGCAGAAGUACCCUGGGUCAACCUACGUGCCAGCUGGUCAGCACAGUGAUGUUCCACCCAAUGGAGAAGUGGUUCACCACUGGCACCAGUAUCCUCGAGAGACAAGGGCUGCCAUUUUGAAUGAAUUUCUUCAACGCUACAAGUGGGCCCCGGGUAAAGAAGCAGAGUGCCUGAAGCUAUUUGAGCGCAGAGCACUCAGACAGUUUGCUGGCCUCCUAUGUGAAGAGAAGCGGAGGGUUAGAGCAGAGUUGGCUUCAGUGCAGAAAGCCAAAGAAACUGUAGUUGCACACAAGUCCAAUAGACACAUGGGGUUAGACGAGGAAGAUGCUAGAGAAGAGCCCAAGGAUCAACAGACAGGAGAGAAAAUUGAGGACGAGAACCCAUUACAGUGGAAACCUUUCCCGCCUGCUUGGAUGUAUCCAAAGUGGUGGGAGAGGUUGUGCGAACACUGGGCUAAAGAGGAAGUUUUAAUGAUGUCUCUGCAGAACAGGAAGAACCGGUUCACUGCAGGUCGUGCUCAUCACACAGCAGGAUCACGGAGCAUUGCUAUGCAUCGUCAGCUUAUGGUCAUGGAAAAUGGCGGGGAGCAGGUGUCGGAACUCGAGGUAUUCAACAAGACACAUAAGCUUAAAGGUGGUGCAGGGGAAUUUGUCAGCGAGAGAGCAAAGCAAACUGUGGAGGGCUUUAAGAAGCGUAUGGAGAGGGCUGGUGAUAAGCAGAUAGAUCCUCAUCUUGCAUGGGCACAAGAAAUUGGGGGCCGGAAUCGUGGGAGGUACUAUGGACUCACUGGUAUCAUUGACAAGGCCAAGAUUGAUGAAUUGUCAAAGUCCAUCCCUGGUUCUCUCAGUAAACGGGGACAGCAGCAGACGUUUUCGCAGGACCAGGUGCAGCAGAUGAUUGAUCAGGCUCUACAAGGGUUAAAUGAAACUUGGGAGAAUAAGUUCAAGUCCCUGGAGCAAACUUUCUGUGGCGGGCCAUCGUUGGGUGCUGAUCCUGAGGUACAAGAAAACUGAUUGUUGGGUUUCUUGUCCAAAGCAGCGCUUAGAGAUUGAUGUGAUUUAUCCUGCAGCACUCACCUGGGUCUUCUGCGGAUGGAGGGGGUGCUCAUGAAACUUGUACAUUGUGAAGCAUGUCUUGUCACAUUAGAUGCAGAAAUCGAUGUUUGUUGCACUAAGCGUUAUGCCGUUAUUAUCUUUAAAUUAAAUUG